GGGGCGCCUGAGCUCCCUCUCCCCGCCUUGCCUCUCUGGCGCUCUCCGGCUCGGCCCCUCUCCUAGCGGUUCCGCCGGGCGGCGUACGCAGGAGACAGGGAGGAAGCGAGCUGAACCACCUCUGCCCCUGGGAUUGGGGGGUCAGAGUCGCCGAAAUUGGGGGACCCCCGAGCGCGCCAGCCGAGCGUCUUCCAGCGAAGCCUCGCGAGUGGGGCGGUGGAAGGCAGCUGUCCGCCUGUUACCGCCGGGCCCGUGGGUCUCGCAGCAGUCGCUCUGGGGCUUUGGAGGAGGGUUGCAGCUGGGCGGGGGCGGCGGGACUUCAGGCCCGGUGGCCGGGUCCCGCCGGUUCGCCUGCCCUCUCCUUUCUCUGCUUUCCGGGGCAUUUCCAGGAAGCCCCCGUCCGGCUGUAUGGGUUUUCCCGUCGGCCACUGCCUCCUUGCUUUCCCUUCUGAGAAACGCCCAGGACUUCUUGGUAUUAAGGUAGCUGCGGGGACCAAGCGAAAACGUUUGGACAUGUCUCGUCUUCAUAGGUCUCAUUUUCCCAUAAAGUCCAAAAUGAGUUUGGAUUAGAGGAAAGGCUUUUCAGUGGAAUUUUUGGGAUUUCCAAAUUAGGUAGUGUGGGGUUCACGUUCCUCCUGACACUUGUGAAAGUUGCUCGCUGAAUUACAACUCAGAAAACUGGGGUUCAGCCAGUCCAUGUGACCUUAGGCGAGUCAUACUACUGUGUGGGCCAUAAUGUUUUAAGCCACACCUCGGGUGGCAGCUUGAUUUCAGUAUCUAAAGGGCCCGAUCUCUUUCACCCUGACAUUUGGUUACUUGGUACCUGGGGUCAGGCUCCUAAUUGGCAGGUAAAAAGUUCUCUCUGAGACGCUCCGGGUGGCCCCAGCUAUGCACACAGAGAGCUUUGUGAAGCCGAGGCCAAAAGAGCAUGUGAGUGGCUUCGAGCAACAGGAUUCCCUCAGUAUGUGCAGCUUUUUGAAGAAGGUUCGUUUCCCCUGGAUAUUGGCUCUGUGAAGAAAAACCACGGUUUUCUGGACGAGGACUCUUUGGGGGCCCUGUGUAGGAGGCUGAUGACCUUGAACAAUUGUGCCUCGAUGAAACUGGAGGUUCAUUUUCAAAGCAAACAGUGCCUUUCCCAGAAUGAAGACUCAGAAGAGGAAGAGCAGUGUACCAUCAGUAGCCACUGGGCCUCCCAGCAGGAAAGUAAGUGCUGGUCUCCCAUGGGGUCCUCUGAUCUGUUGGCCCCACCGAGCCCUGGCCUGCCAGUGACCUCAAGCUGUGAGAGCGUUCUCACCGAGCUUAGUGCCACCUCUCUGCCAGUCAUCACCGUGAGCCUACCACCCGAGCCAGUAGACUUGCCCUUGCCAGGCUGUGCCCCCAGCUUGAGUGACCGGCCCUUCCUCAGCCCCACCCGGGGCCAGGAGGGUCCCCAGGACAAAGCCAAGAAGCGCCAUCGUAACCGUAGCUUCCUCAAGCACCUGGAGUCUCUGAGGCGGAAGGAAAAGAGUGGCAGCCAGCAAGCAGAGCCCGAACGUUGUCCAGACGCCUCAGAGAAGGUCUCCAAAGCCUCAUCUUUCCGCAGUUGUCGUGGCUUCCUCUCAGCCGGAUUUUACAGGGCCAAGAACUGGGCCGCCACCUCAGCCGGUGGCAGUGGUGCCAACACUCGGAAGGCCUGGGAGGCUUGGCCUGUGGCCUUGUUCCGGCAUCCUCAGCGGAUACACCGGGGUGAUUGCCUGGUGCAUGUGCCUGGGGACCACAAACCAGGCACAUUCCCUCGCUCCCUGUCCAUUGAGAGCCUGUGUCCUGAGGACGGACACCGCCUGGCAGACUGGCAGUCAGGUAGGCGGUGGGGCUGUGAGGGGCGCCGGGGCUCCUGUGGCUCAACGGGCAGCCAUGCCAGCACGUAUGACAACUUACCUGAGCUGUACCCAGCUGAGCCUGUAAUGGUUGGGGUCGAGGCUGAAGAUGAAGAUGAUGAGGAGAGUGGGGGCAGCUAUGCUCACCUAGACGACAUCCUCCAGCACGUGUGGGGGCUACAGCAACGAGUAGAGCUGUGGUCUCGGGCCAUGUACUCAGACCUGGGGCCUGGAGAUGAGGAAGAGGAGGAGGCCACUUCAUCAGUACAAAUAGCCACAGUUGAGGUCAAAUGCCAAGCUGAGGCUCUCAGCCAGAUGGAGGUUCUGGCCCAUGGAGAGUCCCCAGCCUGGGCCCAGGCUGAAGUCCAGCCAGCAGUCCUGGCUCCGGCUCAGGCUCCAGCUGAGGCUGAGCCACUGGCACAGGAAGAGACUGAGGCCCCGGCCCCGGCUCCGGCCCCAGCCCAGGACAGUGAGCAGGAGGCACAUUCAGGCGGGGAACCCACCUUUGCCUCUAGCCUGUCUGUGGAAGAAGGACACUCCAUUUCUGAUACUGUGGCCUCCUCCAGUGAACUUGAUAGUAGUGGGAACUCCAUGAAUGAGGCUGAGGCUGCAGGGCCCCUGGCUGGACUCCAGGCAUCAAUGCCCCGUGAACGGCGCGAUUCAGGUGUUGGGGCCUCACUUACCAGACCCUGCAGGAAGCUCCGUUGGCAUAGCUUCCAGAACUCCCAUCGGCCCAGCCUCAACUCAGAGUCGCUGGAGAUCAACCGGCAGUUUGCAGGCCAGAUCAACCUCCUGCACAAGGGCUCACUGCUGCGGCUUACUGCCUUCAUGGAGAAGUACACUGUGCCCCACAAACAGGGCUGGGUCUGGUCAAUGCCCAAGUUCAUGAGGAGAAACAAGACCCCAGACUACCGGGGACAGCACGUAUUUGGGGUGCCACCCCUCAUCCAUGUGCAGCGCACGGGCCAGCCACUGCCACAGAGCAUUCAGCAAGCCAUGCGCUACUUGCGUAGCCAGUGCCUGGACCAAGUAGGCAUCUUCCGCAAGUCUGGGGUCAAGUCCAGGAUCCAGAACCUGCGCCAAAUGAAUGAGACCUCGCCUGACAACGUCUGCUAUGAGGGCCAGUCAGCCUACGACGUGGCUGACCUGCUAAAGCAGUAUUUCCGGGACCUGCCUGAGCCCAUCUUCACCAGCAAGCUCACCACCACUUUCCUCCAGAUCUACCAGCUUCUCCCCAAGGAUCAGUGGUUGGCAGCAGCACAAGCCGCCACCUUGCUGCUCCCCGAUGAGAACCGAGAGGUGCUACAGACUCUGCUCUACUUCUUAAGUGACAUUGCCUCUGCCGAGGAAAACCAGAUGACAGCAGGCAACCUGGCAGUGUGCCUGGCGCCCUCCAUCUUCCACCUCAAUGUCUCUAAGAAGGAGAGCCCCUCUCCCAGGAUCAAGAACAAACGCAGCCUCGUUGGUAGGCCAGGCCCUAGGGACCUGAGUGACAACAUGGCAGCCACCCAGGGCCUGUCGCACAUGAUCAGUGACUGCAAGAAACUUUUCCAGGUGCCCCAGGACAUGGUGUUACAGCUGUGCAGCUCCUACAGUGCAGCUGAGCUCAGCCCUCCCGGCCCAGCCCUGGCUGAGCUGCGUCAGGCCCAAGCUGCAGGGGUAAGCCUGAGCCUCUACAUGGAGGAGAGCAUCCAGGACCUGCUGCGUGAUGCUGCUGAGCGCUUCAAGGGCUGGAUGAGCGUGCCAGGGCCCCAGCACACGGAGCUGGCUUGCAGGAAGGCACCGGACGGGCACCCCCUGCGGCUGUGGAAGGCGUCCACAGAGGUGGCAGCCCCCCCAGCUGUGGUGCUGCAUCGUGUUCUCCGGGAGCGGGCCCUCUGGGAUGAGGAUCUGCUGCGGGCCCAGGUGCUGGAAGCCCUGAUGCCGGGUGUGGAGCUGUACCACUAUGUCACCGACAGCAUGGCACCCCAUCCCUGCCGCGACUUUGUGGUGCUUCGGAUGUGGCGCUCUGACCUGCCUCGUGGGGGUUGCCUGCUUGUCUCCCAGUCCCUGGAUCCUGAGCAACCUGUGCCAGAGUCGGGUGUGCGGGCCCUCAUGCUCACGUCCCAGUACCUCAUGGAGCCUUGUGGCUUGGGCCGCUCUCGGCUCACACACAUCUGCCGAGCUGACCUCAGGGGCCGUUCUCCUGAUUGGUACAACAAAGUCUUUGGGCACCUGUGUGCCAUGGAAGUGGCAAAGAUCCGGGACUCCUUCCCCACCCUGCAGGCAGUGGGCCCUGAGACAAAACUGUGAGCCUUGGGCUGGUCCCAGGGUGGCACCACUCAGGCCCCCUGGGCACCAAAGGAGUGAGGGGGAAUAAGAGCAGAGCAGCCCCCUGGGUGCUGCUGUCAGGAGCAGAGCCAGGCCCAGGUGGCUCCAGCUGCCUGUCCUGUCCCCUUUCCUAAAGCUCCUCUGCACGUAGAGGGGAGAAAAAGAGAAUUUAGGCAACUCUACUCCCCCUUCACCCCCAACCCUGUAUUCUACUCUCCCGAAAAGAGAAGAGAAUCACAUGAGUAGCAAGACUACUGCCGCCAGCCACCUGCCUGUGAGGCCGCCACUUGGCCUGAAGCCUCCACAGCUCCCCACCUGCAGGGGCAAAGAGGUCGACAACAGUGUGUGAUCCCAGCUCUCUGCCAGACUGAGAGGGCAAGCCGUCUUGUUUCCUGCAAGGGUGCUUUUGAGAUUGGACAGGAGGUUCUGGUCCUGCCUUUGGGGCCAACACUGGCCCUGAAGUGUCUUUUUCAGAGGAAUUGGACUGGAGUGAAUGGGCACAGGGGUGGAGCGCAGGGCAACCCCAAUCACCAUGAGCUGUUUCAUUUGUGUAAAUAUGAUGCUGAAUUUUAAGAGGCUGAGUUAAGAGUGGGCACUGACAGGCCCCUAAUAAGCGACAUGACGAUUUGGCAUAGAUUGGGAUGUGAGGGUGGAGAAGCUUCCUUUCUCAAGUCUCAAGACGCCAAUGAAACCGGUUUUCCCUGACUUGGGUUUCACACUUUAUCUGCCACCCCAUGGGGUCCUGUGUAGCCUUUGUCCACACACUGCCACUGCCCAGGCCAAGCAAAAGCAGAGUGUGGUUAAGAGACAAGGGUCUAUGUCAUCGUCCCUUUUGCUUAUGGUAGUGGGCUAACAUAACAGCCCCUUUCUCAAGCAGAGACCUGGCCCCUGGGCCAGACAGAUGGAAGGGCCUAUCUUAGCCAGCUGGAGCUUAAGCCAAACCUCUUCUGUCCCACUGGCCAGCCAUCUUUGCUCACAUGGAAAUUCAAAUGCCAUUCAAAGGCCACUGGUGCUUUAUUUUUCUAUCUGCUGAGUAAACUGAAAUGAGAUGGGUCCCAACCACCACUGUAAUUUUCAAGCCUAUUUUAUUUGUACCUGUAAAUACUGUACAGUUUAUAUAUAUGUGUGUGUGUAUAUAUGUGUUUAUAUAGAUACACACACACGUGUAUAUAUAUACACAUAUAUAUAUACACACACACACGCAUUUGCACAGACACACAUAUAUAUCAAUUCUCAUGAGUGUAUUAUAAUCUCUGGUGGGGGCAAGGGUCUGGAAGGCCUGAGGGGCAUUUCAGAUGAGAAUGGAGAGGUAGAGAGCCAGGUGCAGCAGGAUCCCUCAGAUCAAUAAAGCAUUACCAGAGAUGCACUUUAA